CUAGCGGUUGCAGCGGUUGGCAUCACUGUUUCGAAGUGUUGCGCGUUGCGCCGCCAUUUUCUGUGUGCGUUCUUGGUUGUGCGGUUUACAUUCCGGAGAUUUCUACAGAGAAGCACGAUGUCCUCAGCAAGCGGUGACGAGGCCGAGGUCGCACUCGCCGAACCAGUGAGACGUACCAGAUCAGGUCGGGCCCGAAAGACAGCGGUGGUGGCCAAGAAGUCGCCCGUGAAGAAACUCCUUGCCCGGGCGACGCGCUUUCCGCGAAGGGUCCAUGAGAUCGAGGAGGUCGAAGAAGAAACUACAUCUACCUUGGAAGAAGGGAUGAUGGAAAAUAUGUCCGAGAAUGGAGUUGAACAUCUGUCGGACGUUAUUGUCGAGCAACGCAGCGAGGAAGACACGCCCAUGUUGCAUCUGGAAUUGGAGGACUCUGAAGAAAGUUCUAAUAUGCACGAAAUACCUAUGAGUCAAAGCGAAGAACUGGAGCAAGAUGUAGAGGAUAUGCGGCAUUCCAAUAUAAGAUCAGAGGGUAUAGUUAUGGAAGACAAUAGCAUGGACAAGGAGAUGCUGGCUGAACGUGGAGACAUCGAGAUGGAGGGUCAAGAUGUCAGUAAUGAUGAUUCAAAUCAGCAACGCGUAUUGAUAGACUUUCAAGAAGUUAUCAAUGAAGAUGGUAGUACGAUGACGCAAGAGAUACUAGAAGCGGAAGAGGUAGAUUCGGAGAACAUGUCCGCGCACACCGCCACCAGGAUCCAAGUUAUGGAGAUUGAUGAUUCUCAGCAAGAGAUGUCGGAGGAUGUGGAUACAGUGAUGGGCAAGGUGGAGGAACCUGACAUGGAAGUGUUGCAGGAUGACUCCCUGCCGCGCAUAGAGAUAACUGCAGCUGAAAACGAAGAGAUACACGAAUACAUAAAUGAGGAUGACGCGAAGAAAAUCGAGCCCGAUACGGAGGCUGUGUCAGAAGACGAGUUACCGACUGAAGCCGCUGCCAAGGAACCAGAGACCGAAGCGGUUUCCGAUGAAGAACUGCCGGUUGCUGCUCCAGCAGAUCUGGGCGAGACCGAGUCCGUGUCCGAGGAUGAAUUACCACCGGACAGCGACAAAAAGAAAAAGAGUGGAGCGAAGUCAAUCAAAACAACGGACAAGAAAACCAAAGCGGAGGGCGGAACCAAACGUAAAUUGAACGCGGAAGGAGAAUACGACCCCAGUUCUCCGACAUCUGAAAACAAUGACGAGGCACCAGCGAAAAAGGUCGCCUUGUCGAGCGAUACAGAGGCGGGAGAGAAGCAAGAGAUCAAGCCAGCGUCGCCGAAAAAGAAAACGUUGCCCGAGCUAGAAAAAUAUUGGAAAGCCGUUAAUGAAGAUCCAUCUGACUUUACGGGAUGGACAUAUCUUUUACAAUACGUGGAUCAAGAAAACGAUGCGGAGGCUGCGCGCGAAGCUUACACCAAAUUCUUGGAGCGUUAUCCAUAUUGCUACGGUUACUGGAGAAAGUUCGCCGAUUACGAGAAGAAGAAGGGCAACCCCGAAAAUGUCCAAACGGUGUUCGACCAAGGUCUGAAAGCUAUUUCGCUAAGCGUCGAUCUCUGGCUCCAUUACAUCAACCACUGUAAAACCGUCUAUGAAAAAGAUGAAGAGAAGCUCCGGGAGCAGUACGAGCGAGCCAUACAAGCUUGCGGGCUUGAGUUCAGAUCGGAUCGUCUCUGGGAGAGCUACAUAAAGUGGGAGUCAGAGGGAAAACGCUUGAGCAGAGUGACAGCGCUGUACGACCGUUUGCUGUCGACACCUACCCUUGGUUACACCUCCCACUUCGAAGCCUUCCAAGAAUUCGUGUCGUCCAACUUGCCAAAUCGUAUUCUAAGUGUGGACGACUUCCUUGCACUACGCGCCGAGGUGAAGGCCCUUCUGAAAUCGGAUGACGCCACCGCGACAUCCGCUGCUGAUGACGCGCCACCCGGUGAAGAACCGCCGCCCCACGAGGUACCACCUACUGACGAGGAGACUCGUGCCAUCCGUGAGAAGAUCAUCAGCAGCAGGCGCAAGAUGCACAAAGCGAACGUCAAUGCGGUGGCAGCGAGAUGGACGUACGAGGAAGGGAUAAAGAGACCGUAUUUCCAUGUAAAACCAUUGGAACGGUGCCAGUUGAAAAACUGGAAGGAGUAUCUAGAUUUCGAGAUUGAACAAAAGGAUCAGAAUCGAAUAAUCAUCUUAUUCGAGAGGUGUCUUAUAGCUUGUGCGCUCUAUGAUGAAUUUUGGAUGCGAUUUGUGCGUUAUUUGGAAUCGCUGAAGGGAGAUAACACAGAAAAGAUCCGAGAUGUAUAUUCGAGAGCUUGUAUGGUACAUCAUCCAAAGAAACCAAACUUGCACUUGCAAUGGGCCAUCUUUGAGGAGGGUCAGGAUAACUUCGAGAAGGCCGCCAGCAUAUUAGAGAAUAUUGAUAAUGUUUUACCAAAUAUGCUGCAGGUAGCAUACCGACGAAUAAACUUGGAACGCCGUCGUGGAGACUUAGAGAAAGCAUGUACUUUAUAUGAGAAUUAUAUUAGCAAUAGUAAGAACAGGACAAUUGCUAAUAAUAUUGCUGUAAAAUACGCGAGAUUCUUAUGUAAAGUCAAGGAUGACGUUGACAAGGCAAUUAAGAUAUUGAUGAAGGCCACAGACAAAGAUAAAGACAAUCCCAGACUAUAUCUACAAUUAAUUGAUUUGGCAAUGCAACGAACGCCAGUUGACACUCAAGAAAUAGUAGGCUACAUGGAUAUGUUUAUAGAAAGAGAACACGCGGAUCUUGAGCAGAGAGUACUUUUUGCGCAACGCAAGGUAGAAUUCCUGGAAGACUUCAGCCCCGACAUCCGGCAAGUGUUGAAGGCUCACGAACAGUUCCAGAAGUGCAUCAAGCAAGCGAAAGAGAGAAAGAAGACGAAGGGUGAUGACAACAAAACCGAUUCUUCCCCUCCGAAGAAGAAAGCCGAUCAAUCCAAUGUACCACCUUCGCCAUCCGUGGGCUCGCAAUCCUCAUACCAAUACAGCAGCGGUCCGAGCGGGCCCUAUCAAUCGCCACAACAGUUCCAGGGUGGACAGUACGGCGGUCAGGGUGGUUAUCAACAAGGUUACCAGCAGUAUCCACCUCCAUCAGAUCCUAAUUAUGCUAAUUAUCAAAAUUGGCAGUACGGUCAAGGUGGUCCACAGGCUUAUGGACCCUAUAAUCAGUGGGGAUCUUACAAUUAUUAUUAAUAUCAGUCAUAUAAUUGUCUAAUCCUUAAGAUUAUCAUACUGUUAAAUGUGUCCUACUGUACAUUUUCUAGCGUUUUAUUCUAUCAAUUUCGAAAGACAAAAGAAUUAUUAAUUGUUUAAUCUUGGUAUCCUGACAUGUGAGAGCUUAUGCUAAGCGUUUCUCUCUCUCUUUCUCUCUAUAUAUAUAUGAAUAAUUGAUACCUUGCAUGGAUAUUUACUAUAUGUGCUGAAUAAACUGUACAUCAUUAGUAGAACUUUAUUCCUUGUUUAUAUUGCUAUCUUAUAUUGCAUUCAAAAUUAAAUAUGAAAAAACGAUUAAUUAUGGAAUAAUCAUUAUUUCAAUCUUUAUUUUAAAAAAUUUAAAUAUAUAUUCUGGAAUUUUAUAUCAAGAAAUAUAUGCAAUUUUACUAAGAAAGUGAACAAGUAAUUAAAACCUACUUCUGGUGUAUAGUUUUUCUAGAAUUUUUCUCUUUGUGUGUUCACAUAACAUCAAAGCGUUGCAGCUUAUAGCAUUAAAUGUGAAGAUGAAUUUCACAGAUUACAUCUACGCGAUUCUUAAUAAAUUAUAGAUUCCAAGAUUAUUGCAUAUUAUCAACGAAAUUAUAUGAAGUGUAAGAAAUGUGCUAUAUCUUAUGACACACUACAUCAUAGAUAUAUUACGCUAUGUAGUACAUUCAAGUUUGUAUAAAUUCAUCGUCGAUUUACAUACAUCAAUUUACUUGCUUUUUUUGAAAAAAUCUUUGUCGCAGAUCGUAAUUCUCUACGUUUUUUGUUAAAUUUGUGUGUUGAAUCAAUCUACAUUUUCAAACAAGCCAUGUUUGAUGCAGAAUAUUAAGAAAUACCCGUUAACAAAUGUUGAAACAAAUAUUCUGUAUUACUUCGAACGUGUGUCUUUAUUGAAGAUUUGAUACGUAUACGAUUACAUUUUCGUGAUAUUCAGUAAGUUUCGCAACGUAAUUUAGUUUAACAAUUUAAUAUAAAAAUUAAUGCUUUUUGAUUAUUUGAGACAUUAAUGAAAUAACAGUUGUUUUUAUAAGUUUACGAUUAUUCCGAUGUUUAUGAGUUUUCAAUCUUUGAAUAUAUAACAGUGUACAACUUAUAAUUAAAACUUUGUGAAACUAAA